AUGGCGAUCAAGAACAAAGAAAUCGAAUCGUAUGCCUCGCUGCUAAAGUCUUGCGGAGAGUCGAGAGAUUUAGCCGAGGGAAAGAGCGUGGUUGUAUGCAUUGCCAAGAGCAAGUAUAGGAGGAAUCUUUAUCUCGCCAAUCUCACCAUUGAGAUGUAUGGCAAGUGUGGAUGCCUGGAGCGCGCACAACACGUCUUUGACGCCUUGGUAGCUCCAAAUUCCCACUCCUGGAAUAUUCUCCUCACGGCAUAUGCCCAAAAUGGGCAUAUCCACGAGGCGAUGCUUUUGUUCGAGAGAAUGGCAGUGAGAGAUGCUGUGUCCUGGACAGUGAUGCUCAAAACGCUGGCCCAGCACGGCCGGAUCGAGCUAGCCAUGCUACUCUUCCAAAAGAUUCCACGCAAGGAUCAAGUCGCGUGGAAUGCAAUAGAUAUGUUCAAAGGAACUCCAUUUCGUGACACCGUAUCGUGGAAUAUUGUCAUAGAAUCUCUGGCUCACCAUGGAAUGAUCGCCCAAGCAUUCGAAAUGUUCCAAAAGAUGCCAAAUCCAAACGUUAUCACCUGGACCAUCCUCGUAACGGCAUAUGCCCAGCUUGGGAAUAUGCAACAGGCACAUUCCCUGUUCGAGAAGAUGCCGAGCCCCAACGUGGUGACGUGGACGGUCAUGGUCCUGGGAUAUUCUCGUUUUGGGAAUCUUUCCAAGGCAAGGGCAAUGUUCGACCAGAUGCCGCAACGAAACGUCAUCGUCUGGAACAUCUUGGUGACGGCAUAUGCCAAUAGAGGGCAUAUUCGCGAGGCGGAGAUUCUAUUCCAGAAAAUGCCCGAGAAGAACGUGGUGUCGUGGACGGCUAUGAUCGCAGCUCAUGCCCGGAAUGGCGCGGCAAUGGACGCCAUCCGGAUGUUCAAGCUCAUGGAUCUAGAGGGCUUACAACCAGACAAGGCAACGUUUCUCACAGUUCUCGAUCGAUCCAUCGUCUACAGCGAUCUUGGAUUGGGGAAAUUGGUCCACUCCACAUUCGCGAAUCUAGGGCUCGAGCAAGACGCUGGAAUCGGCAAUGCGCUGGUGGAGAUGUACGGAAAAUGGGGCAGCGUGGAGGAGGCCAGGUGUGCGUUUGAGAGCACAGUCACGCCGGAUACCGCCACGUGGAACUCGCUGAUUGGCGCGUGCGCACAGAGUGGGCAUGCUACGGAGGCGCGCGAGCUCUACCGGCUUAUGACAUUGGAGGGAAUCCCGCCCAAUGGGCUGACGUUCAUGGCCGUCCUCUCGACGUUUAGCCGCGUUGGUCUCCUCGACCAAGCGCGUGAUCAAUUCGUGUCGAUUCACAGCGAUUUCGAUCAGAUUCCACUUCUAGAACACUACCAGUGUAUGAUCGAUCUCCUGGGUCGAUCCGGAUGGCUCAAUUUCGCGGCGCAGCUCGUCGAUUCCAUGCCCUUCGAGGCCGAUUUCGUGACGUGCAUGGCGCUGCUCUUCGCGUGCCGGGUUCACGUGGAUGUCACACGUGGCAGGGACGUGGCGGAGAGGGCCUUCCAGCUGGACCCGGAGAAUCCCAUGCCGUACGUCGUGCUGUCCAGUAUAUACUCUGAGUACGGCACACGUCACGCCCGCCACGCGGCCGUCCGAAAGUUCUCUGCUCCGUACACGUGUCAGGCAGCGACGGUGCCUCGACAUUCCCGCUCGGACACAAUCGACGGCUGGGAAAAAAGCCAGGCUUUCUACUACGCGUUGCUUUCUCGUGGGGGUUUAGGCGCUCCUUGCUCGCCAAGCAAACGGGAAAGGCAAAUUGAUCCAGCGCGCAAUCGCAAGCGUCGGGAGCGUUUAAAUGCUCGUUGCCGGCGGUAUUCCAGGCCUCGAUCGACAAACCCCAUCGUCAUUCAUCGGUUUUUUGGGAGAAAUAUCGAUCCAGAAGGAGGGCGCCUUGAUCCAUCCGGACGCCUCUCUCUGUUGCUGAUGGAAUAG